UCGUUCAACCGUUUCAGUUGUUUCUUGCUUGGUUGUAGGAACUCGCCAAAGUCAGCUCGUACUCAAACUGGUGAAGAUAUAAAAAGCUACAGGUAUGGCUUCCAUAUCCGGAACAUCUCUGGAGCAGCGACGAUGGUUAGUGGUGGGUAUUGCUCUGCAAAGUGUCCUCACGCCAUGCCUCAGAGAUAAGAUUCAACACGAAAUGACACCAUUCUACCAGCAUAUGGUGCGAAACUUUGGAUUAGACAAGCAGACGUUUGCAGCUUACCAGAAAACAAUUCCACCAAGCACACUGAAGCUGAACUAUGAAAGCAUCAACAAUAACGCUACCCUGCAUCGUAAUCCACGUCACUAUGACUACUGCGUGAAGGAUGAAGUGUCCCUGGCUAAGCUGUUCAUGAAACCUUUCAUGGCACAUUUCAACGCAUUUGACAGUUCCUUUGACACCUCAGCAGCUCUGGCUGUUCUUUGUGGUGCAACACCAUUCGCGACUGUAAAACCGUUUGCUGAAGAUGUGAGAUCUAAAGUACGUAAUGAAUGGGCACAUUGCGACUUCGCAGCUUGGACUGAAGCGCACUAUGAUUACUGCUUCGAUCUCAUGGAGGCCUUGGUUACCAAGGUUCGCCUUCCGCCCGCCGACAAAACGAGAAUCCUGGGUGAACUCGGACUGUGGAGGAAGCAAGGAUUAGAGAUAUGCCUCGGUAAACCACUCGAUGAUACUCUUCUUCGGAUAAUACGCAAGGAAGUUCAAGGUCUGUCUGACUCACUGGAAGACUUCAAGGAAGAAAACGCUACUCAGGUACGUGUUACUAUUGAGUUAUUCAAGUCUGAGUUUGACGAAGUCCUAGCCGUAGUUCAAGAAAAGCAGUCUCGUCUUGAACAAAGGUGUGAAGAACUCCAGCACAGUCAAGACAUCUUAAAAGAAGAAGUUAAUGCAAAGGACAAGGAACAGAAGCAAGUGCUAAAGAAAACGGAAUUACAAUUGCAAAUGAAACAAGAACAAAUAGAAAUUUUCUGUAAAUCUUUGGAAGUCAAAAGUUCAGCUAUGGAGAAAGAUUUGGAGAAACUGACGACCACGAUCUGCAAACUACCAGCAUCAGAAGAUCCCAAACAGAUAGUGUUUGAUGUUCCAGAACGAAACAAAUGGUUUACAGGAAGGGAACAUGAAAUGGAAACUCUCGAAAACUGCCUAACAUUCAAAAGCGACAAGGAAUUAAAGAUCGCUGCCAUUUGCGGCCUUGGAGGAUGUGGCAAGACCACUUUAGCAACUUCUUUUGCAUGGAAACGCAAAUCCGAGUACAAGGGAGGUGUAUUUUGGUUCUCCAUGGAGGAUGACAGAAAGUUCGAAAACACCGUGAAUGACCUAGCUUUGCGCCUAGAAAUCCUGUCAAAUUCCUUCGAUUUGACCUUGACCAAAGUUUUAACGUGGAUCUCGAAGCAGAAGAGACCCUGGUUACUGGUUCUUGACGAUGUAGACCAGCUCAACUUCUCUGACCAAAUGCAGAAAGUUUUGUCUGGACGGUGGAAGAGGCAGGCAAACGGCCAUCUUCUGCUUACAACAAGACGUGAACAAAGAGAGAUAGGUCAAUACCUAGAUCUUGAUCCUUCUUGCUGCAUUGAUGUUCGCUCCUUCUCAAUAGAUGAAGCAAAGAAGUUUUUUAUUACUCGAAUUAGUGUCGAUGAAGAUACAGGACACGAAGACGAAAUGCUAACUAAGCUGGUGCAUGAGCUCGGAUGCCUGCCUCUUGCUUUAGAACAAGCUUGUGCACAUAUUAAAGCCCUUCAGUGCCCCAUCGAGAAGUAUCUGGAAGAAUACAAAAGCCAACGACUGACACUUCUGAGUGAGUAUCCGGCAAAGCCAUCGUGGGAGUACGAGUCUCAGAGUCGCCUAGCAGUUCAUACGACUUGGCUUUUAAACUUUGAAUACGUCAAGAAUUCCGCACAUGGAGAACUGGCAUCCCGUUUCGUGCACGCGGCUGCGUUUCUGGCCCCCGAGGAGAUCCAGGAAGAACUAAUCAACCAUCAGCUUCUUUCUGUGGAAGAAGGUCAAUCAGACCAAAGUUCUAACCUUCCCCUCCUGAAACACCACAUCGUGGAAGUUUUAGCCAAGUUUUCACUAUUUCAGAGGAAUACCUCUACAUCACUCAGCUUGCACCGUUUGGUUCAAGAGGUCAUUCGCAACAGAAUGACCAUUGAAGAAACGGCCUCGUCAUUGCAUAUAGCGAUACGACUUCUCCACGACUCCUUCCAGGAAUGCCCAUCACCUGACCGAAUCCUCACGGAUGUUGCAGGUAGUUUACAAGAACAGGUUUCCUCGUCAGUGGCUGAGCCUUCGAUGUUCUAUUUGUGGUCCAAAUUAACCAGUCAUGCGUCUGAGCUGCAGCAGCACGUGAUGUCACUUCUGGAUCAGCAGCACAUCAGAAGAGAGGUCAAAGCAAUCGUUUUAACUCAUGAGACAUCUCGCGUUAUGUAUGAGAAUGCCUUGCAAUUAAGCGUACAUGGCCACCAAGAAGAAGCGAAAAAAGCCGAACGAUUUGCAAUUCAAAUUUUGAAUUCGACCACAAGUGAUUGUGUGACUCUUCCCCUCGAGGAUUUACGGAAAAUAUUUCCCCAUACUCUGCCUCUUUCUCAAAUGCUGCAGAAAACUAUUUUGUACUCAUCUCGGCCUUCAACUAAGAAUGAGGAGUUUGGAAAGAGUGGAAAUUUUGAAAGUGGUGACAUGGAUGCGAUUCGUUUACAAGGAAACACGUUUUUCAAAGAUGGUCGUUUCAAUGAGGCAGUUGAGACCUAUACUAAAGCAAUUGAAGCUAACGCUGGAACAAAAAACCUGGACCCACGCCUACUGAACAACAGAGCAACUGCCUAUCUUAAAUUACAAAAGUUUGAAGAAUGUCUUCAAGAUGCUGAGGAGUAUAUAAACAUUAAGCCAGAAUGUUGGAAAGGAUACUUAAGGAAAGCUUUGGCUCUUAAUGGGGUUGGACGGAAACGUCCUGCGUUGUGUUCUGCAGCCAUUGCAUACUAUUAUGAUGCAAAAUGUUGUCGUUGUUAUGAGCCUUUCAGAAAUGCAUUCCAAGAUCUGGAUGGAAAGUGGGAAGUUGUUGACUCUUCAAAGGCACUACAACGUGCUUUAAUGCGAAACAAGAGCCAGAGUACAAGGAAGAAAGUUCUGCUGAUUAGAAAUGGUCAGUAUGAAAUACCAGAAGGCGAAUGUUGUAAGGACGUAGAAACAGGUACAACCUUUUACAAAUACGGAGGUUGUAAUGAUAUUACAGACACCACAAUGGCUGCUUUUGACGAUAAAUCGUGCGUGACAUUAACAUGUGGAGACGUUUUCCUUCGUAAACAGUGCUUCUUUCAAAGAAUCACUAUUUCAACAAAGGAGACAAUGUGUGUUCAACGAGAUGGAAAGGUUGAGUUCGAAAAAUGCAGUUUUCAAAACGCAGCAUCAACUAGCCCAGUGAUAUCGAUUGAAGGAGUAGCAACAUUCCUUGAAUGCACAGUCAAGGACAGUGAAGGUAGUGGGAUAGCAGUGGGAGGAUCUGAUGCAUCAGCCGUGCUGGUAAAAUCUCACAUCAGUGGUAAUGGUAAUGGUAUGAUAAACCCAUACGCCUUUGGAAUCAGAGUGCACAAUAGAGGAAGUUUAUUGGUUCAGGAAUCCCAUAUCUAUGGAAAUACAAGGGGCGUUUGGAUUGAUGAAGGCCCAGUGCAGGGUGUUCCAGCAAACAGAGUGGUGAUUACAGGAUCAGAGAUUUACGACAAUAAAUACGAGGGUGUUGUCGUAGGUGCGGUUCCUGAGUAUCCUGGAUCUACUUCUCCUGUGGUCAUAAUUCGGAAAAACAAGAUUUUUCACAAUGGAACGUUCGGUAUCCGCGCGGCACUGAAUAUUAAUGACGUAGUUGUUGAGGAAAACACGAUAUUUGAGAACUACUGGUGGGGUGUCUGUGUGCACACCGAUUCUGGUGGUCUAUAUAGGCACAAUGAGAUUUGUAACAACAAGAUGGGUGGUGUAAUGGUCAGCAGACGGAGUCCAGGAAAGCCACCCUGCGUGGUAGAAAACAACUUUAUCCACGAUAACUGCGGACCGGGUUUACAUGAAGGACUUCGUGCUGAAGAACAGCAUUCGUUCCCACUGGAGUAUAGCUCCUUUUUCACGAAGGCAGAUAAAACCAUGGAUACUGAUGUGACAUUACCCAACAGUGUGUCAGCAGUGUUUAAGGCGAAUCAUUGUGUUGGAAAUGAUUCUGGACACAAAACGUUUAAAGUAACCGACUUAACAUACUGCGCCUUUUGUCUACGACGUGAUAGCGAAUUAAUGUCUUGUAAACCUUGUAUGACAGCAAGAUACUGUGAAAAGGAAUGCCAGAGAAAACACUGGAGGACGCACAAGUACCUCUGUAAAGCUGUUGGUGAGAAAAACGCCGUAGAAGUGUCUAUUCCAGAUUACGAGUAUGUAAUGACCUCAGUAGGAAGUCCACGUCUCAAACCUACUGGUCCAGACUACGCGCCCCCUCCCCCAAGAGACGGAAGCCGUUUUAUUGUGAAAAUUCAAACAAUAGAAGAUUCAGGCCGGUUGAGCGCAAAUUUAGACAUGAGAGGAUUCGAGAGUGAUGACCGGGACCCAAAUAAAGCCACCAUGAUUCUAUAUGAUCGCAGCCGCCAGGUAAAUUUUUGUGUUAGCUGUGAACCACAAAUCUAUCAUUUAAUCAUGGAGUGUGGAAUGAUGGGAAUGAAAAUGUCCCUCACCAAGAAACUGUACUGCUGGGCUGCCUUUAAAGAUGGCAAAACCCUUCGCAUAUUCACUCAUGAAUUUCCACGUGUACAAGACUGGUGAGCCUACCGAAUAGUCAUGGAUGGGGAUUCGAAUGUCUAGAAGCUUUUUGAUAAAUAUUGUUUGCGUCGAUGAUGUAGUUAUACAGCGCCCUGCACGCAGAAAUUCUUCUGGAAACUUUGCUAUGAAAGAAUGCCUAACGUCUUCAAGUGAUUGUAUCUUCUGUCAACUUUGAUGUCGCAUUUAUUUCUCUUGCUGCGCUUCGAUUGAUUAUUGGAUUGUGAGAAUAAAGUAUCCUGCAGAACGCA